AUGAACAUCAGAGUAGCCAAGGUUGAGGACUUGAUGGGGAUGCAAGCAUGCAACUUGCAGAAUCUUCCGGAGAACUACAUGAUGAAAUUUUGGAUGUACCAUUCCAUGACCUGGCCUCAGAUAUCAUUUGUCGCUGAGGAUCACAAAGGACGUAUCGUUGGAUAUGUGUUGGCUAAAAUUGAGGACCCAAGUGAAGAAGGCACCACGGAGGAAAUUCACGGUCACGUCAACUCGAUAUCCGUCCUCCGGUCAUACAGACGACUAGGACUAGCCAAGAAACUUAUGUUGCUCUCCCAGGAAGCGAUGUCGUCCAUUUACAAGGCCUCAUACGUGUCUCUCCACGUACGAAAGUCGAACAAGGCCGCUAUAGCAUUGUAUAAGGAUACACUAGGGUUUGAGGUUGCCAAAGUGGAGAAGAAAUAUUAUGGAGAUGGAGAGGAUGCCUUGUCAAUGCGUCUUUCCUUGAAAAACCCUUGA